CCGACUGCAGUGAGGUGGACCGGGCCAUCUAUUCCUCUGGUGUAUAUCGGAUAACGCCGUCGCCGGGUGUCAGCUUAGACGUGUACUGCGACAUGGACACUCCUGACGGACCCUGGACGGUUAUACAGAAUAGACAGGAUGGCCAAGUGGACUUUUACAGAUCUUGGGAAGACUACAAAAACGGAUUUGGGAAUAUCAAGGGAAACUUUUGGCUGGGAAAUGAAGCUAUCCAUAGGCUAGCAUUGACAGCGUCGGUCCUCCGCAUUGAACUGGUGUCAUGGCUAGGUGACGCUCGGUAUGCACAGUAUUCUACAUUCAGAGUUGAAAACGAGACCGCAAACUACAGACUGACAGUAUCUGGAUUCUCCGGUAAUGUUACAGAGAAUAGCAUGGCCCCACAUAACGGAAUGUCAUUUUCAACCUUCGACAGAGAUAACGAUGAAAGUGGUGUCCAUCAAUGUGCUACGCUCUGUAAAGGAGGAUGGUGGUAUAAUUCCUGCUACGGCACGAAUCUAAACGGCGCCGAAUACAAGAAUGAUGCUGAUAACGUUAAACAACUCGUGUGGAAGUUUUUCUAUCCCAGCAGGAAAUAUGCAGGAAUGAGGAAGACAAAGAUGCUUGUAAAACGUAUUCAACCUUGACCCUGGCGUUACGAUGACCGUAGCACACGCUUUCUGUGUUUCAGGACCAGGCGGAACAUUGGUCAUAUUCAGUUCCUAGCAGACGUAAAACAGUUUUGACUGUUACAUUCAUACAUGGAUACUUAUUGAGAAUUCAAUAGGAAGUACUGUUCAGUUUCUGAGUUAUGUGCACAUUCCUUGUUUACUUGGUAAAAAUUCCGUAUUAAUACCACAACAUAUUCGUUAGGUUACAUAUCAAAAGGAGAAAACAAAGUGUUUUGAAAAAAAAGUUAGAGCGAAAAAAGCCAGGUGGUGCUGAAGGAGCAUAUGUAUGAGUACGGUCUGAUCACGCGUCAAGUGGUUGAAACCCAGGGAGACUGCGGAAUGAUCUUUUCUGCCACCCAACAGGGCAUCCUAACCGGUCACAUUAUACUCGCCUCGGGCGAACCAGUUAUCCUUUACUUGAGAUAUUUUAAUCUGAUUUCAUAGUCCUAUCAGCUGGGAUCAUAUAAGGACUGCCUCUACUGUACGUGUGCCUAUAAUGUAUAUGGUUUUGGAGGCUGUGGUAUAUAGAUGUUUGCUUCCCUGUAACAGUAUAAAACUGAUGCCGACUUUGAUGUGCUAACUCACUGAAGUAUACUGUUGGCGACAUUGAGACACCACAUCGGCUACAUUAUACUAACUACAGCCCAACCAGUUGUGUGAAAAAUUCAAAUUAUUUAAAAUCUGAUCUUUUAAUGAUCUAAAGACACAAAGCAAUAAUAUUUUAUGGUAAAGGGGACCUUCCUUAGAAAUAGCGAAAACACUAUUGAAAUGUCAAAUUUCAAAGUGACUACCUGUUCGCCAUUGUGUUUGUCAAUCAGCUUCAAACCUAAAACCUUCAAAAGUCGAGACCAAGAGAUCCUUUUGGUUCUUCAGAAAUAGCGAUAAUGAGGAUUUUUUUAAAGACGGACGACGGACCAUGAACGAAGGAUGAUUUGAACUGCUCACCAUGUGAUGUAAUGCCUUAAUUAUCAAUAGACUAGAAGGAAUUACGGCAAUUUACAGUAUGCCAUUUUUUUUUGUAUUUUUUUUUUUUGUAUCAAAAUUGAUUACGACUGUUGUUUUCCUUUCUGCUACUAGAUUUCGGAAACGAGAAUAGAAAUGGAUUUUAAUGUCACCAACGUUAUUGGAACUCUAUGUUUUUUUUUAUGUCUGUGGUACUUUCGUUAUGUAUUUUUAGUUAAAACUUAAACUUAGAAUAUUAAACCGUUAAGCCGUUUAACCGUUUAAACCGCUUAAUAGCAAACCAUUUAUAGUAUACAAGCCUAUAAUACGCUAUCCUGGUGCAAUUUAACACAGGUGACUUGAUUAGUUUUAGUACAUGUAUGCAUUUUAGCUAACCAUGUAUCUUGGCGUGACAAGUAAUUUUGUUAAGCUUUCUUUUCAACAAAACUUGCAAACAAUGCAUGUUUCAUGGAGACCGAAUUAGUUUAUUGUUAUCACAUACAUUUAUAUUAUCUCCUGCUGCCGUUUUGAUGAUUGCUGUAAGUGGUACGUAAUCACCGGAUAUUGUCGUUAUGAAAUAAUUUGGGGUUAGUUGAUGACAGAUCUCCAUCCCCUGUUGACGAAGUGAACAGAUAGGGGAUUCCCGCGCUCUCGCCAGCCAGGUUACUAUCAGAUGUGCUGGCUCUAUUAAGUCUUUUUGUUCAGGAAUACCGUUCGUCUGUCAUAAUUCCCUAACGUGUUGUCCUAAUGGGAUACGAAACACCCGUGCAAUACUAAUUUCGAACAUCAGACCCUUGUUAGAGAAGAGCUCGAGAGACGUAUUUCCCUUUGUAAGCACUGUUUCUCUGUCGCAAAGAAUGAGGGCAAGAAAGAGACAU